AUGAUUUUAUUUUUUGUCAUGUUUGAAUAUAGGAGUCCAAAUCCUGCCAGUGUACCGAUGUGCUUGCCAAUGUACAGUCAAACCUUACAAAGAGCAUCACUGGGAAGAAGAAGAUUAAUAAAAUAUUUGAUAGAUUAUCAGAACUGAGAGAAUGUUUGGAUCCUGCCAAGGCAGAUGAGAUGACUUUAUCUGAGGCUGCUAAAACGGAGAUAAUACUCGCUGAGGAAGAUUUUCUUUUACAACAAUCAGCAAGACUGGAAACAUUGGGACAGCUACAGGAUACACUUGACAGUGAACAUAUUAAAGCUGUACCUAGCCUGACUGGCAAACUUCAAGAUCUGAGUGAGUUAACUAUUGAACAACAAGAUCAGGCUGGUAAACUGUCCGAGGAUAUUGAGAAUUUGCUAUCCACUUACAAUGCUAUUAUUACAGUACUAUCCAAGCAGUUUGUUAAAUGGGAUGAGACAGUUACAAAAAUUGAACAAGCAAGAAAUUCACAGAAAGUUCUGAAUUGAUCAGACUGAUGAAACUAUUUAUUUUGUCUUAAAAAAUAUGGUUUAAUUGUAUUUAGUGACUUCUUUUUAUUCGCCCGAAAAGAAAUUGCGAUGCAUAUUGUCACGCACCUGGUCAUCCAUCUAUCUGUACGUCCAAGCUUACAUUUGGAUACUUACUCUAUAAAAGUUAUGUGAAUCAUGCCUCUACAAUAAAAAAUGCCCACAACCUUGAGGUUAUUCAGUAUCAUAAGGAUAAUUAAUUGAGAUAAAACAUUUUUCAGACAAGUUUGUUAAUUGAGAGUCUUCCCUACUUGAAAGAUUCUUUUGUUACUCAAACAAGUUUUGAUUGGGGCGUAUUUAGCCUUUGUGGUGCUCUUAUUUGGGAUAUUUUGGAUUAAAUUUGAUUUAUGAUAUUUUUCAAAAGUUAAUAAUUUUCAUUGCCUUAUAAAUGUAAAUAAUUUAAAAUUUAUAUUGUGGCUCUGCUCUAAUGCUUGGGACCAUUCUUU